CAUUUCCCUUAAUCGAAUUUACACACAAGCGGCUCUUCCUCUUCUUCAAAAAUCUUCAGCGACUUCUUCCCCUACCGUCUUCUGCUGCAAUUUACAGCGCAAUCAAGAUUAGGAAGCGGAAACUUGAGUGAUUGUUCAAAGAUAAGCUCGGAGACCUUGGCUUUGUUUUGCCUAAAUGUCAAAAUCCAACAAAAUUGGGGAAAUGGCUAAUAUCUAAUGCCUCAUCACUAUCGGUGUUUCUCGGGGUUUCUCAAUCUUGUUGACUAUACAAUAAUUCAAACCCCAUUAAUCUAGAGAAGCUAAUGCUUGAUAAAGCAUUCUCAUUAAAAAAUAGCGAUCCAAUUCACCCUUUGAGCUCAUCAAUGUCGAAUGGUACACGUAAGAGACACUCCGAACUUACUAAGCCGUCAACUUGGCUACUCAGUUGCAUAAGACAUGAUCCUAAAAAAAAUGUAAUCCCAAUUGGCCCUCGUUUCCAAGUUGAUGUUCCCAAAUGGGAGGGCACAAUUGACAAAAGUCGUCUUCUUGAUGCAUAUAAAAGGGAUUAUAAUAAUUCCAAGUGGUUGGGUUCCCAUAUUUGGCCAAUUGACAUUCCUAAUAAGACAAUCACCGAGAAAGCAAUUGGUGAUGGGCGGCCCAACUCAUGUUCUUGUGCCCUCCCAGGAUCGGUUGAUUGUAUCAAACGCCAUAUAUUGGAAAAAAGGCUACUUUUGAAACGUGAGUUGGGAUCCGCAUUUUUUACUUGGAAAUUCGAUGAGAUGGGUGAACAAGUUUCAAAAUCAUGGUCAAUGAAGGAUCGCAAAGCAUUUGAAUCAAUAGUUAGAAUGAAGCCAUCAUCUGACGAGAAGGACUUUGUGUGGCGUGCCUUGAGGCGUUUUCCUAACAAAGGUCGUAAAGACAUUGUUAGCUAUUAUUUUAAUGUUUGUGUUCCCUAUCGCUUGAGCCUUCAAACAAGGAUGCCAUCCAUAACCGAAGUGGACACUGAUGAUGAAGAUGAGGUAAUGGAUUGUAAGUAUUUGGGUAUGAAGAAAAAACCUAGAAAAGGGAAGAUGCGCAAGUCAUAAUUUGUAAGAGACUAACGCUAUCUACAAUCAUAAGGAGAAGAAGAUGCCCAAAUUGACAUUCCGACAUAAGUUCCAACACAAGGUUUGUUUACUUCAAAAGCAUGAUUUGCAAAUUUAUAUUUUGAUUCCUUUUUUAGACUAUCCUUUGCUUAUUGUAUGAUAUAUAGAGAAAAACAUGCAUUAAAUUUUGCUCGCAAAUCAUGAUAGUUGUAAUGAGAGGUUGUUCUUUCAA